AUGAAGACCGUUCUUUUCGCUGUGCUUGCUGCUUCUGCUGCCGCCUUUGCACCACAAGGUGUUUCCAAGUCUUCCACUGCCUUGAAUGGCGCAAUGGAGGACCUGAAGGAAGUUGCUGAGAAGUCCAACCCUGUCUUGAAGUACUACGAUCCCCUUGAGUUGGCCACAAUUUCCAUCUGGGGACAAAGCAACGAAGCUUCAAUCGGAUUCUUGCGUCAUGCUGAAAUCAAACACGGACGUGUUGCCAUGGCUGCUUUCGUUGGUUACAUUGUACAAGCCAAUGGCAUUCACUGGCCAUGGAACAUGAUGACUGAUGGAACUCCGUUCCCAUACGAGGCUGGCUCUCCACCCGAGCAAUGGGAUGCUCUUCCAGAUGCCGCCAAGUGGCAAAUUCUUCUUUUCAUUGGAUUCUUGGAACACUUCUCUGAGUCCAAUGGAACUCACUACAUGAAAGGGGGGAUGCCUGGUGCUUUUCCCAAGUUCACCGAUUCACAAAAGAUCCCGCACCCUGUUCCAUUCAACCUUUUUGAUCCUUUUGGCUUCAGCAAUGGACGAAGUGAAGAAGCCAAGGCUCGGGGUCGCAUCGCAGAAAUUAACAAUGGGCGCUUGGCUCAAAUUGGUAUCCUUGGAUUUUUGGCUGAACAAAAGGUUGCAGGAUCUGUCCCUCUUCUUGAGGGUCUUGUUGCACCAUACACUGGAGAACCAAUGGCUCCAUUCUAA